UUCGGUUCAUAACUCCGAGGCGAUCUCCAUAGGGAAAUGUCGGAAUAGAGAAGCACAUAACAUUACUGUUGAGCUGGGGUUGGGGCUGGGGCGAGAGAGUAUAAACUUUGAGAAAGCAAGCACAAAGGAGAGGCAGAUAUCACAAUCAUGUCUACGCCCAAAUUUAAGACAGAAGAUAAAAGGAAGGCAGACUUUGAAGACGGCUCAGAUGCUUCUUGCACAACACAAUUUCACUCUGGAAAUCCCGGUGUCUCAGAAAGUGAUUCUGAUUCCGAUCUGUCAAAGAUUUUCAACGACCCUAUUCAUGGGACUAUACGGGUGUCGGGUCUGUGUAUGAAGAUAAUAGACACCCCACAGUUUCAGAGGUUGAGGUAUUUGAAGCAGCUCGGAGGAGGUUACUUUGUAUAUCCAGGCGCAACACACAACAGAUUUGAACACAGCAUCGGGACUUACCAUCUCGCUGGGAAAUUUGCUCGGAUUCUGAAAUGGAAACACCCUGCACAUUUUGGAGACGAUGAAAUCAAGUGUAUUGAAAUGGCAGGACUUUGCCAUGAUCUCGGACACGGCCCAUUCUCACACGUUUCUGACAACAUGUUCAUACCUCGGGUAAAGCCAGACAGCAAGUGGAAGCAUGAAGAUGCGUCAGUGAUGAUGCUGGAACACCUAAUUAAAGAAAAUAGCGAUGUGAAGAGUGCCUUUGACGAGCUUGACAAAGACUGGAGUUGUCUCGAGCUGGUUAAAGACCUCAUAUUAGGUGGAAAAGAAACAAACCAUGUGACUACUGAAAGUGUGAUUGAAAUGAGAAGUACCAAACCAUACCUUUAUGAAAUUGUAGCCAACUCCAAAACAGGAAUUGACGUGGACAAGUGGGAUUACUUCGCGCGUGACUGUCACAUGGUGGGCAUGAAAAACAACUUCGACCACGACAGGUACAUGGAGAUGGCUCGUAUCAACGACGUCGAUGGAAAACCACGGAUCUGUACAAGAGACAAAAAUGCCAGUAAUCUGUACGACAUGUUUCGCACCCGGGAAACCCUACACCGAAGAGUCUAUCAGCACCCAGUUACCCGUGGAGUGGAACUUAUGAUUGUUGAUGCGCUUGUAAAACUUGACAAAACGGCGCUGAUACCAGGGAAAAUGCCAGUAAAAUAAAAAUAUCCGAAUGUAUUGAUGACAUGGCGGCCUAUUCCAAGCUGAAUGACAGCAUCCUUCAACUGGUGGAUCUCCCUGUGACACUCGGGACGAGUUCCCAAGACUCUGACGCAGCACUGAAAGAUGCAAGUGACAUCGUGAAAAGAAUACAGAAAAGAGAUUUAUACAAGUGUGUUAGCAAACACAUUGUGAAGGAGGAUUUUAAUCGAAAAAUGAUUCCACAAAUUAAACAAGAAGUUCUAAAACAGGCUGGGAAAAAGACAUUUGAUGAACAACAGUUUGAAAUCAUUGUGGUGUCUUUUGAUUAUGGACGCGGAAACGCUGACCCAGUGGCAAAUGUUCCUUUUUAUAGGAAAUCCGACGUUCAGAAGUCUAUCUAUCUGACGGAAGAAGAGAAACCACAGAUGCUGCCAAAAACAUUUCGAGAAUGUGCAGUUGCUGCUUAUUCCAAACACGGACAGUUCGAUGAUGAUCUCAAAAGCUGCUUUGAUCUAUGGUUCACCGAGGAAUAUUCAAAGAACCAAAGCAAAUAUGCCGUUGAGCAAGAACCUUCAAGGAAAUAAAAUUAUACGUGAUGGAGUAACUGUCUACGACUUCACACAGGAGAAUGUGACGAGCAGCCUUGACCAUAUCAGAACAAAAUAGUCAUGGCGUUCUCUGCAGUUGGGAACAUGGUGACAUUGAUAAUCCAUGUCAACCGGCCUUGACCAUUCAACGUUGGUUGCCUCUUACAGGGCUCCAGUAGCAAAAGCACAAACUUGAAUAGUUAAACUGAGAGUAAUAGCAUAAAGACUUUCUGUGUGAACAUCACCUGUGCAAACAUGAGAAAUGCAAACACGAGAAAGGAUGUUGCAUAUACAUGAAUCAAUACAAACAAAUGCAAUUUACUUAUAGUAAUUUGUGUUAGUACUAGUAAAUAUUGUAGCAGCAUUGCACAUCAACUGCACAUGUGAAUAUUCUGUUCAUAACAUCUGUUCUUUUAUUGUUUUUUAUGGGUUUCACAAGUCUCUUAAUGAAGGUGUUUGAAGAGGAGUAUUCUCUCAUUUUUGUUAUUUUUUCUUACCAUCAAUAUCCAUAUAAUUACCUUUUUAAAGAUAAUUUGUUUUUACUGGAAUCAGUCAUUUCUAAAGGAAAGAUAGGAACAACACACAGAGUAAUGCUAUGCACUGCAUAUGGUUGAAUUAGUGCAAAAUCUAAUAUAGACAGAGCACAGACGUUUGUUGUGGCUUGGAAAAUGCAUGCACGUAUAAAUGCACACGCACAUGUUUUAAUCAGGUUACUGUUUCAUGUUGAAUGUUUAAUGCAAGAGGACUUGCCUUUCAUUUAAACAUAAGUAAUACUGCAAAUAUGUUUUCAGACACCAAUGACUUUGCAUCAUAAUCCUGCAUCGAAAGAGGAUUUAUUUGAUCUUGCAGUCACCAAACAUGGAAGAAAUGCGUGCCAAUCUCAAUAGCCUAACAUGUAACUUAAUCUUCACCGAUAUGUUCCAUGAUUAUACAUGAAUUCUGUAAUGAUGAUGUAAUAUACGACCUUUAGUUUAGUUUUCAGUUUACAUGAGUGACGGGUGUGGUUGUGUCGCUUAAUAGUGAAAGCCUUUGCCCAGGGUGUUCGAGUUUCCAAGUUGGUGAAACAUGUAUGAAGACAACAUCUGGCGUCCUGUAGUUAUAUAUGACUGAAACAUUGUUCAACAAACGCAAAUAACGACCGAGCAUAUAUGUGAACACUUCUGGCACUAGUCGUAAUGACAUGAAUAUCAGAUUAACAGACUAAUCUAGAUUUGAAUUGUUCUUUUAGAACAGUGUAAGUAUCAUUAUGACUUUCAGUUUUAUACGAGAGCUGAUACACUUGUACAAAUCCGAAAACACAAUGGUACUGUUACGUUGAUCAUGGCUGAAGUAGUUGUCCCACUGAAAACAGCAUCAUUCCGUUAGGAUGCAAUAUCUAGUUUCAUUUGCACAGAUAGCUCAUAACAUCUCACCUGUAUCAGUCAGAAUCCAACCUGUAUACCUAAUUGGGUUCCGCACAGACAUCAAACAAGAAAAGCCUUUUAAAAAGGCACCUGGGUAAAUAAAUACAUUUUGUGAGACGGACGUGAGAUUUGGGGAGUAAAGCUGAUUCGUGAGUGUCACGAUGACCAUACCUCCGUCAGUUAGAGAUUUGCUUCUGUUAGAGAUCGGUACUUGCAUCGCAAAUACGGUACUCUUAUCUCCAGUAUUUGACAUUUCAUAUCAAAGGUCUUUGUCAUGUGUAGCCAUGUCUUAGCUCACAUACACUAACGCUAUGAAGCACCUUUAUAGGCCGCGAUGGCCGCACCUCUAUGGGCCGCACCUCUAUAGGCCGCAAUCCUUUGUUUCACUUUCGCGCACCCGUUGCGAUUAUUGUGCACGAAAAACCUAUAUGAUUGACUUCACUGUACUUAUACCUACAAGUGCGCACUGUUUCUCUCGCAUGUCAGCGGCGUCAUUUUUAAUCACGAGACCAUUGACGAGCGAGGAUUCCCUGUCUGAAAUAGUAACAUACGUGAGCGUUAUAUAACUGAUGUAUGUGGCGGCUAUGUAUCCAGGAAAACCUAAUGGGUGCAACUAAAAUGGAAUGGAUUUUCCGAUUCUGCGAUGUGUAUCAUUUUAUUAACGUUUUCGAUCAGUAAAAGCACUGUUUAAAUUAGAGAUUUAUAGAAAACUAGAUUUUUGGCAUAAAAGUGGGACAGUUUUUUUCGAAUUACCCAAAUGGUCACGUGGCUCCUAAUUUACUACAGCUAUGUUCAUUGGUUAUUUGGAAUGAAUUGCCAAAAUACAAAGGGACUAAGUAUCAUUGGCUGGAAGUUAUUUUGAAUAUUCCAAGUGUAUAUAUAGAGAGGAAUUUCACCUGAGAGAAAAUUAAGCCUGAUUAUAGGGUUGGGUGCGUUUACGCCUCCAACUAAUAACCUUAUUUCAAUCUGGACAUAGCAUGCUUCAUGUUUUUGCCUCAUGUGUUACUCUCUUUGUUGUUAUGUUAAACUUUGUUUUUAACGCUGUAUAAUCCUGUCUUUUCCAAUUGUUGAUUGAUUGAUAGCACUUGUAUCUAGACGCAAUCCUUUAAUAAAAGCAUUUGAACUCCA